UGCUCAUCCGAACACAUCGUCACAAGAAAUUUGGUUUGAAGUUUGUAGUUGAUCCUCAAAUACUGAAAGUUUGACAGAAAUAUGGCUUCUUCUGGCAUUCGUAUUAAGCUAGAGAGAGAAGAUCCAGGAGGUGAGGUGGAUGCUGCGCGGGGAAGAUUUGAUGCAGCUCUUCAGGGUCUGUUGCAGAAGGAUGAAGAAUCGGAUUCAGAAAAUGAGUCAGACAGUGAGAGCAAAUCCAAAGUUUUGAAUCCUCGUUCCCCCAGCACCAAGAUUGGUUUGAGCAGCGGCAGGAGUUCUCGGCCACCCCGCAAGAGACGCAGGAAAGAGGUCGACCUCCGGGACUCAGGCUUCCACCAUACUUUCGUCAUGCGUAUGUUCGACCGGAGCGUGGACUUGGCACAGUUUGACGAGACGUCGCCAUUGUAUCCUAUCUGCCGGGCAUGGAUGAUCAACCAACCCCAUAACUCCAGCCUUAAUGUGAAGCAAGAACCAUGUAGUCCAAGCGCAGAAAUGUUCAAUAGCACAGAGGAGAGUCAGGAUGGAGAUUUCGUGCGGGAAAUCUUGUCGGACGGCCCCCCUGCCAUGUACACGAAGAUCCCAUCCCCACACCCAUGGCCUGAGAACACAGGAACCCGUGACCCGAGGAUACCCGAACCUCUCCCUCACCCGGAAAAUAGAUUAGAAGAGAUAAAUAACCUUGAGCACACUCCAGCUGGCUUAUUGCUGACCGAGCAUCUAAAAAGAUGGCGUCAGAUACGCAAUCAUUGGAGGAACACUUCCAAAGUCAAUGACCAGCGUUAUCACAACUCCUAUGUUAUUCUGAAGACAAUGUUUGACAGGGCACAUGAGGGAUAAAGGGAAUAUGAAGAAGAAAAUUUUUGUAUUUUCUUUCAAUAACCAGUGGUCAGACAUACAAUGUUAGAUUUUUACAAACUAUUUAUCAUUGCAAAACUAUAAUGUUUAUAGUUAAGAGAGAAGCAUAUUUAAUACUUUUAGGAUAAUUUGGAAUUUUGUACUCUGAACUACUCAAGAGUAUAUAUAUAAAAAUAAGAAUUCAACACAUGAAACCUUUUUUUCUGAUUGUGUAGAAGUAAUUAGGUGCAACUGAUACUGUUUCAGUUAUACAAUAUAAAAAUUCCUGAAGUAUUGAAUAUUAGUAUUAUUUAUAGGCAUAUUUGGUAUGAGAUUUCCUAUGGCUAACACUAAACUUGGAAAUACUUUUAAUAAAGAAAAAUAUUGUGGUUAA